UUGGCGAGGGUAAGAGCGAGUAGCUCUCUCAUGUCGCAGGUUUCUACUCUUACUGCUUUUGUGAGUGUACGGCACGUUUUUGUGAGUAGGGCCAGUUUCUGCAUGAACUGAUGUGUAUUGUGGAAAACGAUUGAAAUUCAGUCACAAGGAACCAGAUAUUUUAGAAAGCGAAAUGAAACCUGUUUACUAACCCGUUCUAGUUAUUUGCAAAGUCGUGCACCUGCAUUUUAGUGUUUAAAUCAAUGCACUAAAAGCUGUGUAUUUUUGUUUCAGAAUUGAAUCUAAUUUCUGUACUUUUACCGCUGCUUAAAUAAGAAGUGUACUGAAGCGAGCAGGUUCGCAGCAGUGUAGCUAGUACGUCUGUUCUCACGGUGGAGCGGAAGACACCACUUACAAAGUUUCUUAACCGUUUGCAAAAGGAAAAUAACAGGAUUAUAAUGGAUUCGCAUGAAGACACACCAAUGGGAUUUUGGGGUAGCGAAAGCGAGUCUGUCAUUGCACGACAGUACCCGAUACACAAAGCGUGCCGUGACGGGGAUGCAGUCACUCUUUCCCGGGCAGUGGCUGUCGCAAGCCCCGAUCAACUCGUUGCCGAAGAUCAAUUUUACGGGUGGACUCCUGUCCACUGGGCUGCAUAUUUCGGGAAAGUGGAGUGCUUGAACGGGCUUCUACGAACCGGUGUAAAUGUAAACAUCAGGACGAGUCGUUUUCAACAGACACCGGCACAUAUCGCUGCGUUCGGCGGUCACCCGACAUGUUUGUUGGAACUUUUGAAAUCCGGCGCCGAUUUCCAUGCAAGGGAUUAUCUCGGUGAAACACCAAUGCAUAAAGCGGCGCGUGUUGGCAACGGCGAAUGCAUAAAGACGCUCAUACAAAAUGGAGCCCGUGCAAACAUUUGCAACAACAAUGGUCAUACAGCGGCUGAUUUAUCUCGCAUGCAGAACUUUAAAGAGUGUGUGAAUAUAUUAGAUGCUGCAUCUGGUCAAUUAGCUGCACAAGUUUCCUAUAAUGGUCUCAAUGGCAGUCAUGUUCUUAAUGGUUCAUCUGGUUGUCAUGUGACCAAUGGGAAUGGUUUUGUAACAAACGGUCACAACAAUGGUACGAAUGGUCACCAUAAUAAUGGAGUAACAAACCGAAAGCGAAGCUAUGAAGAUGAGAGCAUACCGUUGUUUAAACGAGCACGUGUGGCAGAUAAGCUCUCCAAGUGUAUCCCGGUAAAGAUAAAAGCUCCAAGCAAACUGGAUGAGUGGGCAUCAAUGGAAUGCGACAUAGAAUCCUACCCCGUCACCCCACCAGAAUAUCAGAACAUUAACUCAACUGAAGCUUGCUUUCGUGCCCCGAGUCCUGGCAUGGACUUCCGGGUUGAUGAAGACAUGCAACUAUGGUGUCACAUGCAUGGCUAUGGUGAUACAGCUGAAAGUUUAUCAGAGGAUGAGCAUAGCAUCCCUAGGUAUAAGUUAAAAGGGAUCCAGACAACUGGCUGGUGUUAAAACAUUGUAUGUUUUUUACGUUCUCAUUUCACUGUCCAUUUACUAAACUUGAGCUGCCAAUGCUGGAGCGCCAGGUUAACUAAUCGGCGCACAACGCUGUGAUAUUUUAAGCUGCUUUACACUAUUGUGUGUAUAAUCCAAGUGUUUUUGAGGUGAAUCCGCAAUGCUGCGCAUAAACUAGCUGCGUAUUAGCCUGUACCAUGUAGUAUAUCUUGAUUUUGCACAUAUUAACACACUACAUUCCACUUGAAAAGUAAAACUGAAACACAAACUGUUUUCCAACUCAAACGUUGUAUCAAAAUCGCACAUUUAAUCAAAUAACAUUAAGGUCUUAAUGACUUAACCCACAAACAAUCUAAAACGCCCUGUGCAACUUGAUUUCACAACAUAACUACACAGUUUUGUCAUGUUUUAGUUCUGCAAUGUUCCAAUUUUGUGCAUUUUUUGGUUUCUCUGUUAAAAGUCUGCGGCUGGCUGCAGCUUUGUGUACUGACGGGAUUAGUUUAAGUUGCUGCAUUUUCUUUCUGCUUAAUUUUUGUGACUUAGUUUUGAGAUUGAAUCGUUUUUGUAAUGUUCAGCACAGACAGUCAUUUUCAUUUUUGCUUCUGAAAAAAAAUGACUCCAUGUUUGUUUUAUAGAUGUCCUCACCGUUCUUUUUACUGUUACUUUUGUAUAGAAAAAGCAAAAAUACAAAAAUAAGUUCUUCGAUUUCA